CAUAAUUUCUUGGAUUUGGUUAAGAGACAUUUCUCAUUAUAUAUGUGGGUUUCUUAAUUGUAGGAAGCCAGCUGGAGGUAAAGAGUGAAGAGUUUAAGGGGAGAGUGAAAAGCAAGGGGUGGUUGGAGAUAAUUAACAUAGGAUCAAAGUUUGAAUUUUAGGAGAGUGAAUUUUUUCCUUGUUUCUUUUGGCAGAAAAUUGAGCAUUUUUAUGGUGCUCCAAAAUAGUAAAUGUCGCAUCAAUUGUUCAAAAAUGACAGGGAAGCCUCUAAAGAUGAAUUAUAUAACAAAGAUACAAUAGGGCCAAGUACAAUCUCAAUGGAGAACUGUUUUGCUGAUCUACCUUAGCACUUAAUCAAUUAUCAUGCCAUUCAUACCCACCUAAAUUAGAAUUUUAUCGUGGUAAAAAGGGUUUAAGAAUCUGAUGGCUAUUGGUUUUGAUCUGGGUGAGACUUGGGGUGUUUCCCCCAGAGAUACAAUGAUGAUCAUAACAGAAUUGGAUCCUAGAUUGGAAGGGCUAGUUUUCCACUAUGCCAUGCAUCAAAUUGCAAUAGUCAACUGGUGAGGCCUGUGAGGGAUGCAAGAUCCAAGGAUGCCGCUGCCUGAGGGAGUUUCAAAUCUUAAGCCACGAAAAAAGAAAUCCUUGACCCAAAAGGCUGCACAGUUUCAAUUACAAGGUAAAAAUGUCAAAGAGGCUCCAGAGUUUCCACUUUCCCUGCCUCUAAAAACAGGGCAGAAGGUCCCCAAAAGAAGUGCAAAGAAUGAAAUUGCUCCAAUGUUGCAACAACCAGAGAGAUCAACCUCAGAUUCACUGCCAGACAAUACAUCUGGAAAUGAGUACCGGGCACUGAGACGGAAGUAUUUGCUGCUUGAGGAAGAGAGCUUUGCAUUGGGAAGAGAAUUGAGAGAGGCUGAAGAUGAGGUUAAGAUCCUGGAAAAUGAAAAGCUUGCACUACUGGACCAGCUUGUUGUGUUAGAAGGUCUCAUUGAUCCUUCAGAGUUUCAGCCAGUGGGGAUGCAGUCACCAUAAGUCCUGAUGUCUUGAGCUCAUCACCUGACUGAAGCACACUUCUUUAUUGAUAUGCAGGCGUGGAGUUGCAUAAUUUGAUUAAAAAAGAACAUCAAGGUUUCAUCCCUCUCAACCUUUGCUUCUUUGAAAUGAUGACUUAUUAAUUUGCUCUAAGAUGGCUUUCUUUUAGUGUCAGAAUACUGGAACACUUUGAAAUCAUUAUAUUUGAAUAGAUGGAUGAGCUAGUUAGUGUCUGGGUUCAGUUCCCAUA